AUGGAGAGGGAACAUCAUAUAGACGUAGGGGCAAAUACACCAUAUAAGCAGCAUCCUAAUCCCACUCAGCCCAUCCAAAUCCCUAUUACAAUGGAUUUGACAAACGAGGAUCCACAAGACGUCAGAGUCUCUGAUCAUGUUGGGUAUGAUAAAUGGACUGCCCUAGAGGAGAGGCUAAGGGCAGUUGAAGGGAAUGAUUUAUUUGACCCAAUUAGGGCCGCUGAAGUAUGUUUGGUACCUAACAUCGUAAUUCCAAAGAAGUUCAGAGUGCUGGAGUUUGUUAAGUAUACCAGAAUGGAAUGCCCAAAGACCCAUCUUCGUUCCUACUAUAACAAGAUGGCAGAAGUUAUCUAUGAUGAUAAGUUGCUAAUUUACUUCUUCCAAGAUAGUUUGACAGGAUCGACCCUCAGAUGGUAUAUGAGGUUGGACAAUGUUAGGAUUAAGAAAUGGACAGAUCUGGCAGAUGCUUUCUUAAAGCAAUACAAGUUCAAUCUUGAGAUUGCUCUUGAUAGGACAAGUCUGAUUACCAUGGAGAAAGGAGCUCAAGAGUCCGUGAGGGCUUAUGCUCAGAGGUGGCGAGACCAAGCUAUCAAUGUACAACCUCUACUAAUAGAGACGGAGAUGGUAACACUGUUUGCCAAUACUUUUAGGGCCCCAUACUAUGAACAUCUUAUGGGUAGCUCAGCCCAAGAUUUCUAUGAUGCUGUGCAAAUUGCUAAAAGGAUUGAGCAUGGAGUCCAAAGUGGGAGAAUUGCGGAACCUAUAGAGAAGAGGGGUUUUGUUGGGAAGAAGAAGGAAAUUGAGGUAAAUAACCUAGAAGACAGUUGUAAAAGGAAAGGCAAAAACUACCAAAACUAUCAAACACCUACCUCCCAAAUCACUAGCAUCAACUUUUCCAAACCCUCCAUCCCAAACCAACCCCAUCAAACAAAAUUCCCCACCAAUAACCAAAACAAUUACCAAAGGAGAGACAACCGACAACUAGAAGAACAAUUACCGCCUCUGCCAAUAACCCUAAAUGAGUUAUAUGCCAAGUUGCUAAGUAUUGAGCAGAUAGCUCCCUUACCAUUACCUCCUAUGCAACCACCUUUCCCUACCUGGUACAACCCCGAGUUGACUUGUGAAUACCAUACUGGUAAUACGGGUCACAAUAUUGAGAACUGCGUAGCUUUUAAGAAGAGGGUAUCGCAGUUGAUCAAAAUCGGAUGGGUCACUUUUGAAGAUUCGCCUAAUGUGAAUUCGAACCCUUUACCCAAACAUGCUGUAGGUGGUAGUGGAGUGAAUACUAUGGAGGUCGGUAGCAAAGGGAAGGUGCUAAGAGUGACCAUGGCAAGGUUGUAUGAAAUGUUGGUACAAUCUGAACAUUUGGAGAAACCAUCUGAACAUUGCAUAAGGGAAGACGAGUUUUGCCCAUUCCAUAAAAAGAAAGGGCAUCACAUUGAUGAAUGCAUUGAGUUUCAUCAAAAGGUUGUGAGAAUGCUGACUUUAGGAGAGUUAAGGAUUGAGGCUGUAAAAGAUAAUGAAGAGAUAGAGAUGAUAGAGAAUUGGGGGAAAUGUAGAGUCCAAUCAACAGUUAAUAGGCUCUCAAAAUUGGUACUAACUAAGCCCUCAUAUGCAAACAAAGUAGACUAUGGGGCGAUGCCUGGAGAUUAUGGUUAUACCUCGAAUAUCAAAACUCCUUUGUCAUGGUUCCGAAAUGAGAUAAGUGGGCUAACUCGGAGUGGUCGUUGUUUCACACCUGAAGAGGUAGAAAAGCAAAGAAAGGCUAAGGGCAAAGGGGUGUUGGACCUCGAUAAAGAGUUUGAGGUAAAUAAACCUGUAACUGAGGAAGAAACAAAUGAGUUCCUGAAAUUGAUGAAGCAUAGUGAGUACUGUAUAGUGGAUCAGUUGAAGAAGACCCUUGCCAAGAUCUCCAUCAUGUCAUUAAUACUCAGCUCUGAGCCGCAUCGUAAUGCUUUGCAAAAAGUAUUGAAUGAGGCUUACGUACCCCAAGAUAUUGAACAAAAGACUAUGGAGCAUCUAGUAGGGAGGAUCCAUGCUGCCAAUUAUUUAUAUUUUACAGAAGAUGAACUUGACGCUGAAGGAACUGGGCAUAACAAGGCUUUGUAUGUCACGAUCCGAUGCAAAGACUGUCUCAUCGGCAAAGUUCUUAUCGAUAAUGGCUCGGCCCUUAAUAUCUUACCAAGGCAUAUGCUGGAUGAAAUGCCGGUAGAUCCCUCACACAUGCAACCCAGUGUGAUGACGGCUAGAGCAUACGAUGGCUCACCAAGUCAGGACCUCGACAGGGACUACCCCAUAUUCUCUGGUGUACGGUAUGGAGGCAGUGAUGGCGUUGGAAGUGGAAAUCUCAUCGUUAAGAGUAUUAAUGGAUUCCGAACUAGAAGAGGCUGA